AACGAGGAGGCUGUGGAAUGAAGGAAAAGAGGAGGAGAUAGAAAGGAGCAGAGAGGACUGGCCAGUGGAAGGGGGAAAAAAAAUCCCAACAACAGGAAACAGAGCGAUUCUAACGCUGUUUCUGAGAGAUAAAGCAGCCGGCUGCCACGUCCCAGCAAACCAAAAGUGUCACUGUGUCAUUCCUGUGAAGAAAUGCCACCCUAAAAGUUUGAAAGUUUCAACAAGUGACGUCACUUCUGCUCGCAACAUCCAGCCGCGUGCUUCGUCAAAAUGUGAGCGGAUGCAGCACAUUUCGGAGAAGAUUGUCGGGGGACUUCUAUGCGGCUGCUUUGUGAUCCACCAACUCACCUUUGCUCGGGGUCAUAUGGAUUCAGUGCUACGUUUACAAGGAGCUGCUAAUCAUCUGGACCACUAACUGGAACCACAUGAAGAAAAAAGGGACCAAGCAGAAGUCAAAGACGAAAGGAAGUGAAAAUGCGUUCGGCUGUGACCUGACGGAACAUCUCCAGAACUCAGGACAGGAUGUCCCUCAGGUUCUACAGAAAUGUGCAGAGUUCAUUGAGAAGCACGGGAUUGUGCACGGGAUCUACAGGUUGUCAGGGGUCACCUCAAACAUCCAGCGGCUCAGACAGGAAUUCAGUGCUGAGGCGUGCCCUGACCUUACUAAGGAAGUGUACCUCCAGGACAUCCACUGUGUGGGUUCCUUAUGCAAGCUGUACUUCAGGGAGCUACCAAAUCCUCUGCUCACAUAUGAGCUCUACACCAAAUUCACCGAAGUGGCCUCAGUGUGCGGCGAUCAUGAAAGACUUCUACACAUUCAAAAGAUUGUUAAGCAACUGCCAACCCCUCACUUCAGGACUCUGGAGUACCUCACCAAGCAUUUGGCCCGCCUUGCCACUUUGAGUGCCCAGACAAACAUGCACACACGCAAUUUGGCCUUGGUUUGGGCUCCUAAUCUAUUGAGAUCCAAAACAAUAGAGGCCACAUCCUGUAAUGGAGACAUGGCUUUCCAGGAGGUGAGAAUACAACAGUCAGUGGUGGAGUUCAUUCUAAACCACACAGAGCAGAUCUUCAACAGCGAAUCAGUGCAAACCAAACUAAAAGAAGGGUUAAGUUUGAUCUGUGGAGAGAAGUACGCCACACUUCCAAUUAGCAGUCAGUGUGGGCCGAUGAAACUGAUGAGCCUGGAAGAAGCCCAAGCACGCUCCUUAAGUCCAAAUCAUCCCGUGCAUAAAGAGCGCCAACGAGAGAACAGUCUGCCUGACACUAGCACGGCCACGCUCUACCACACCGUCAUAGACUUGGACAGCAAGAGAAAAUUGUCUGGGAAAUCCAAGAAAUGGAAAUCUAUCUUCAACUUGGGACGCUCUGUGGACUCCAAAGGAAAACUAAGCCGCAAUGGAAGCGUGUUCAUUAGAGCUCCAGGGUUAACAGAAAAGGCAUCUCUUCGACCAUCCAGAAGCAUGGAGUCACUGUGCUCCUUGCCAACAGAUGACGACAGAACUGGAAACAGUCCAUCAGGGGGACAAGGCAACAUCUUUGUUCCAGAUGCAAAAUCAAGAACACUGGGAUCUGAUUCACUUUAUGACUUGAGGGAACACGAGCAAAAUUGGGAGUUUAAGGGGAAAAAAGCUGACGGGGCAACAGGUGGAUGGAACUCCGGCUCGAGCCAACAGGGCGGGCCAUCGGGUGCUUCGGCAACCUCCCAAAAAACACUGCCAGAGCAGCUCAAGGUGUUCAAGGGAGAUGACCUGAGCAGCUACAAACCUACAUCUCCUAAAAACAGAAGGAUGCUGUACUCAGGUUCCUCUUACAACAGCUCCUCUCGACCUUCCUUUCCGGGAAGCUUCUUUCCACUGGAGUCAUCGCCAAGGCAUCAGCGAAGAGCCGUCAACAUAUCGGAGCCUUUCGCUGUGUCAGUACCGCUACGCGUGUCGGCCGUUAUCAGCUCAAAUAGCACGCCAUGCAGAGGGCCUGCCAAGGACAGAAUGACUGCAGCAACCCUGAAACCCUACAGAGAAACCUCAGAGCAGAGCGGUGGUGGAAAAAACAACACAUUUCCCAAAGUGGAGCCUGACAAGAGAGACGCAACAGGGAAGAAAAAAUCAUUGGAGUUGGCCUCAAGUGUACCACCAAAGGAUAAAAGGAAAGAAGUAGCCCAGGAAGGCCAGGAACCGAUGAGUAAUACUCAACUGGAAGAGCUUUCGGUUGUGAAUGGAAGCACAGCUCCAACACCCUUUAGUGGGCAACAAUUGGACAAUCAGCCAAUCACUGCUCAACAGGACAAGGAAUUACGUCUCGCAAAGGAGCUCUGGUAUGACGUCCACCAAGAGCUGAAGAUAACCGAACCUGAAAAUGACCUACUGGAUAAGAUUUGUGAUUCUGCUUUACCUUCCGAAAACAAGAGGUUAACCAUGGAUGUAAAGUCAAAAAGAAGUCGCAGCUCUCCAUCACUGUCCAUGUUCUGUAAAGACCAGUCUUCAAAUACCUCUCUCAAUGAUUAUCUUAAUGCCUCCAGGUCUGAAUCUACAAAGAAACAACCUUCAGAGUCAGACAUCCUAUUUUCUCUCCAUAGAAAUAAUGUUAGGGUCAAUGAAAAGAUAAAAAUUGUCAGCUCUGCUCUGGAUGAAACUGACAAGAAAAUUCAGCAGAUGUUACCAAGCAUUCCGCCUUUGAGUAAAGAUUCAGCUCAUAACGAAAAGUGCCAACUUACUUUGAAGGAAACCUGUGUAAGUGAAGUUAAAGCUGUUACAAUUGACUUUUUAAUAGUUGGCGGCUCCUUAGCAGCAGAUGAUGGCCAAAGACAAUCUGAGGAACGUGAAAGUCCUGAAACGGACCAAAUCGUCUCAUGUGAUGAAGAGAAAAUACCUGAAGUUAUUUCGAGGUUUUCCGUAUGUUUGGAGGAGAGACCCAACUCUCUGGAGCUGCCGAUCCAUGAGGAUGACGAAGGAUGUGCAGGAAACUCUGAAGAGCUGGACCUAGUGGAAUCAUGGGAAGACCUCAGCUCCAACAAGCAGUGGGUCACAAGUCCACUGCACUCACCUGAUGUGGAGGAAUUAUUUAAACAGCAAAUGUCGUUCAGCUCUCAAGAGGUAACACUGAACUCGGACGAGGAACGGACCUCAUUCCCGUCAUGCAGUAGCAAACAAUCAAAAAGAACAUCUCUGGCUAAGACCUUGUCAGGAAACAUUCCUCAAACGUCCAGCUGCAAAUAUGAAACUAAAUUGACCUAUUUGCCUUCUAUGCAGGCCGGUGUCAACACCAGCAAUGGAAUGCAAGCUCCAAUUGGAAAAGGCGGAACAAAAAAACAGAAAUCAUCACAACACUUUUAUAGACAGAUGUCUUAUGAAUCAGCAGGGCCAGAGAAAAGAGAAGAUCACAACCUUUCCAAGCAUAGACCAUAUUCCCUUAAUUUGGAUUUGGGGCCUCGAUGCAUUAGGGACAUUUCUAAUCAGCAAAGCCGUCCUUCAUACGGGUUUUCCUCCUGUACGAGGAGUUUGUCUGGGACUAUAAACAAUGGGCUCCUCUCAGAGUUGGACUUGUUCCUGAAUGAUCGCCAGGCCCCUUUGCGGCGAAACUCGGCUCCCGUCAGUGUAUCAUCAGUCCGGACGGCCUUCAUGAUAAAGACAUGCCAGGCCAAAGCCGUACCUGUCGUACCUCCGAAGGUGCAGUAUAGUCAGAUACCUCACUCCAGGAGAGAUGGUGACAUGGAGUCAGGAAAGGAACAAGAGAAGGAAUAUCCUAAAACGAGCACAGAGAAAAACCAUGCAGCACCUCUUCCAGUGAUGUCUGAUCUGAAGGAGGAGUUAGAGAAUAAAGAGCCGGUGCCCAAACAGCAGUCCCACCCAAAGGUUGAGAAACAAACAGAGAACGCGAGGACAACGAGCACGACAGAACUACCGGUCAUCACAAGGCGACACACCCCCAGUCUCGAAGUGUUUGUUGACUGUCCCAAACCCAACAGGGCAAAUCUUUUACAAAGACCGUCUUUUAGAAACCGCCAGAGACCCCAGAGUCUGAUCCUGUUGAGUCCCCCUUUUCCAAUAAUGGAUUAUCCUCCAUCAGGUGAUGACAGUAAGCAACUGUCAUCCAUCAAGAGCCUGAAUGAGGAGUCAGCAAUGAAAGAGACAUCAGGAGAGGGGAUUGCGCUCCAAAGUAAAAUGACGAUUCCAAAAAGUGGUCAGAGACUGGAAACAUCAACCAGCUGCUUCUACCAGCCUCAGAGGAGAUCGAUGAUAUUUGAUAGCAGGAACCACAGACAGAUAGAGUAAUCAUGCAGACUGGCUGAAUGUAAAUAACUUACUGAGAGAGAUAUGAUGAUAACAUGUUGUAAAAUACAGUAUUUUAUAUAAAGCUGUACUUGGGGGUUGAACAAUUUGUUAAAUUAAGAUUUCUCUCUACAUUCAUGAAGUAUUUAAGAAAAUAUUGUAAAUUUCUGAGAUCUUUUGGGCUAUGUGUCACUAAUGGAAUGUUUUUAACAGCGACUUAUGUGACGACAGCUACGAUUCAGAUAUUCAAAGUGAUUUUGGUUCAGCCUAUGGGUGGUGCUUCACGGUCAUUUUAUCACAAAAACAUGCUUUUGAGAACAUGUGCAAAACUUUUGACUGACAAUCAGCUUUUGACUAUCAAUCAGUUAGCUGCAUAAUUUACUUUAUUUCUCAUAUCUUAUACUUGAAAACCUAUGAAGGUUAGUUUGACUGGAGAUAGUUUUCUUCAAGGCUCAGUCUUGUGGGCGCCAUACAAAUGGCUCUUCCUUGUUGAGUUUUUUUUAUUAUUAUUAUUUUUUUUUUUUUUUUUUUACUUCCUAGAAAAAAACAACUGCUUUCUUGCAAAAGACUAGGUUACAUUUACAAGCACUUAGCGUGUAACAAGCCCAGUUUCCACCAAGCAGUAAAGUUCCAUUCAGUAUGCAUUGUUCUUGUGAAGUAUACCAAAAUAAAAAUGUGGCACUUUUCCACUGAGAUACAUAGUGUGGUAUGAUACCGCAAGUUUGGAUCUAGACACAUUGCAUUUAAUUCAUAGGUCACUACAAAAUUGUCACUUGGGCGACAACAGAAUUGAAUACGGAAGAACAACCUCAUCUCGCAUGUCACAUUUGUCUUUUUUGUUGUUGAAUUUAUUUGUGUGCUAUGCUCUGUCUAUGAUGGAUCAGGACUGGCUGUUUCAACACAUACUGUGGCAAGAAUUGAACUGUAGCCUUUGGUGGAAACACGGCUUGGAAGAUGUUACAUCAUCAUAUUGUAACAUACUGACAAUCAGCUAUGAAAAGCCAAUGUUCAACCUGCAAAAUUUUAGUCUUAUGUUGCAGCAAGUGAAAAACCAAUCCUUGUACAUUAAGUCUUGUAAAUGGAAGGAAGUGUACAAAAAAUGAUAAUGACGCUGUUUAACAGUUUACCUGUGCUAGCUAUAAUAGCUAUGAUCAUAUAGUUUGCAGGAAAUAUACUGCUGAAAAUGUGUGUGUCGGUGACAUGAAGUAAACUUUAAACAUAAGGAAAUAAAGAAUACAGCAUUUAGCGUUUGACUGUGAUUCAUGUGAUAUUUAAAAGGAAAUAUGUUUGUCUGAUACACAGACUGUACAUUGGAUAAUAAUAUUAACCUACAGAUGAACCUUUUCAUGUGUAUCUUUAUUAUCUUGAUGUUUUUUUGUAUUUCUUUUUCGGACAAAAAUGCCAACUCAGCGUUGUGUGGAAGAGAAAAGAUGAUUCAGCCUAUAUGAAAUAUCCUGGAGUUGCUUCCCUGGAGGUUGACGUGUGCAUGUUGAUUGUAUCAAUGUGGACCUUUCAUGAUACUUCGGAGCAAAAUCUACUGACCGCAUCUAAACAGUUUUAUUUGGUCUAACUGGGUCGAAAGAGGCUUUGUGUUUUAUACUGUCCAAAUGUCUUGGAUACAAACAUUGUGAUGGUUAUUGUGAUUUUUAUUUCUUUGUUUUUUUUAGUUUUUCCAUUUGCACUUAAGGGUAAAACAUCACCUGAGAAAGUGCUCAUUGAGAGAGUGAUUGUGAGUUUUGUUACAACAAAGACUAUGAGAAUAAACAGUUC